CUCAGUGUCAGUGGUCCAGCAUGGAGCGGCUGCUGUUGUCUGUCUGCAGCUAACCUGAAGCAGCCUGGAUGGAGAACCGGUGGUCUCUCAUCAUCCACCUGCACUGACUAGAGACACCAGCAGCCUGGUCACCAUGGAGCCUGGCAGAGUUUGGUCCAGAUAUCAGAGGACGGUGCUGAUCACAAUGAUGAUGUUCAAGCUGGGAUUAUUGUGCACAGCAGCAGCAGACAGCUGUUUAUCCUCUCCUUGCAACAAUGGUGCAACAUGUUUGGACCACGGGGAUGAAUAUGUGUGUGUGUGCAUCAAAGGAGCAGUCAGGUUCAUGGGCAAAAACUGCGAUGAACUCUACGAUCCCUGUAUUUUUGCACCUUGCAGCAACUGUACCAGUGAACUUGGGACUGAACAGUUCACUUGCCAUUGCCCAGAUGGCUUCACAGGAAACAGAUGUGAUCAGGAUGUAGAUGAAUGUCAGCAUGACCCCUGCAGUGGUGUGAAGUCCAACUGUGUGAACAAAGUCAAUGGGUAUUCAUGCCACUGUCCUCUUGGUCUGGGAGGUGACGACUGCCAGGAGAACAUGGCCACUUGCUCAGAGGAAACAUGUCAGAAUGGUGCUACUUGCCUGGACAUCCCUGACCAGGGCCCUCAGUGCCAAUGUGCUGCUGGAUUCCAAGGGAAUAACUGUGAGGAGAAUAUUGACGAGUGCUGGUCUGACCCCUGCCAAAAUGGAGCCAUCUGUAAAGACAUAGUUGAUGGCUACCAGUGUUUCUGUGUGCCUGGAUAUCAGGGCUAUCAUUGUGACCUUGACAUAAAUGAGUGUGCCUCACAACCCUGUCAGAACAAUGGCACAUGUCUGGAAUUGGUGGAUCACUACAUGUGUGACUGCACUCCAGGUUUUAAAGGUAUCAACUGUGAGGAGGAGAUCAAUGAGUGUGAGUCUCUUCCCUGUCAGAAUGGCGCCACCUGUCAAGACCAUGUUGCCUUGUACUCGUGUGAGUGCAUGGCAGGUUUCCAGGGCCAGGAUUGCGAGGUCAACAUUGAUGAAUGUGCCAGCAUCCCUUGUCUGAACAGGGGCAAGUGCAAAGAUAGGGUCAACAGUUAUCAGUGUGACUGUGACGGGACGGGCUUCACCGGGGACCACUGUGAAAACGACAUCCUGGAAUGUGCAUCUGAUCCCUGCCAGCAUGGAGCCACGUGCUCAGAGGGAAUCAACCAGUACAUGUGCCUCUGCUGGCCAGGUUAUGAAGGAGAGAACUGCCAGGUGGAUAUAGACGAGUGUGAACAGCAUCCAUGUGAAAAUGAUGGAGAGUGUUUCCAGCGCUCCAUUUUCCAGAACUAUGGGACGCUUCCUGAACUGACAACAGUCAACUUCAGCUACAAUGUGGCAGCUGGGUUCAUUUGUCAAUGCCUGCCAGGAUUUGCAGGAGAUAACUGCACAGUCAAUGUGGACGAAUGUGAGUCUGCUCCAUGUCAUCAUGGUGGGAGUUGUCAGGAUCAGAUCAACUCCUUUCGAUGUGUGUGUCCAGAGGGCUUCACAGGUGUUCUCUGUGAGGUUGACAUCAAUGAGUGUGACAGCAAUCCCUGCCAGAAUGGUGCCACGUGUGAGGAUGCUGCCAACUCUUACAGGUGUCACUGCCCCACAACAGAUCGGGGUCAGGAACCCUGGGGGGGCCGUGAUUGUGACGUGAAGCUGCUUGGCUGCCGGCAGCAUCAGUGUCAGCAUGGGGCAACUUGCAUCCCCAUAUUAAAUGUUGCCGGAGGUCACAGUUACAUCUGUAUGUGCUCCCCUGGCUGGGGCGGAGAACGCUGCAACACCCUAACCACCUUCUCCUUCAACAUAGAGGGCUAUGUUCUCAUGCAGCUGCCUGUUUUCGACAACAAGACAAAACGAGAGGCUGUCGAAAAAAUCUAUGCACUCCACAUGCAGCUUCGUUUCAGGAGUACUCUACCCAACAUGCUGCUGUACUACCGGGGCACCAUGGACCGUUUCCUCUCCCUGGAGCUAGUUGACGGCACUCUGCAGGCUACGUUGAGCUCAGAGAAGGUAUUGAAGGUAGUUUACCCCAUCCCGGUCAAUGAUGGAGAAUGGCAUCAGGUGACUGUAACUAUGGAUGAUGGGUUGGUUCUGACUGUGGCAGGACCUGGUUGUAAAGAAGAAUGCCAAGUGAGGAAUGACGGUCACAACCAUCUGAUUUUCCUACAGCCUAGAUUUUUCCAACAGCUCUAUAUAGGAGGAAUACCUCUGAAUUACUCAUCUCACUUAUCCAGUGGGAAGGGGUUCAUUGGCUGUAUGGAAGACCUUAAAGUUGACCACACACUGCUGCUGCCUCAGGACCUCAUCAGGGAGGAAAACAAGGGCUUGGAACUCGGAUGUUCCAAAAGGGACUGGUGCUCUGAGGGCGUCUGCUUGGACCGAGGACAGUGUGUGGACAUGUGGGUUCGUGCAAACUGUGUGUGUCAUCGCCCAUAUUAUGGCAGCCGCUGUGAAAAAGAAUACCAGUCAUUGACCUUUGGCCAUGAGAACACCAGCAGCUACUCUUCUGUCAACAUUUCCAACAGCCAUGGAGAAAACUUUACCAUUUCCUUUUUAAUGCGUUCCCUAAAACACAGCGGCCUGCUUCUGCAGUUCCACCGAGAGGGGAAGUCCUAUCUUACGAUCUAUCUGAAGGAAAGCACUGUUGCCAUCUACAGUCCUCACACAACUCUGCGGUCUGAGGCUAAGCAAGUCACUGAUGGAAAGAGUCAUUUAGUGACCAUAAAGAUUAUCAAUGGCCAUGUGGUUUUUCCUAAAGCGGGGAACCACCGUGCCUUAGGCAACCUGAGCGUAGAAGCAGGAGAUGUGGCAUUUAUUGGAGGGCUCCCUGCAGGCAGGAACGUGAAUGCCUGGGGUGGAAACUUCAAGGGCUGCCUUCAGGACAUGCGGCUGGAUGACAAACAAAUGAGUUCUGGGGAUCAUCUAGAGGGUUUGGAGCUUUAUCAAUCCACCAAGGUGAAUGUGCUUCAAGGCUGUCACAGUGACAACUCAUGCAAGGAUAACCCCUGUUUAAAUAACGGACAAUGUCAGGUCACUUGGAAUGACUUCACGUGUGUGUGCCCCAGUAACUUCUCGGGCCGGCUGUGUGAAACCCGCCUGUGGUGCAUUGAGAAGCCAUGUUUUGAAGGAGCAAUCUGUGUGGAUCUAACAGAUGGUUACGAAUGUUUAACAGAAGCUGCUUUUCAGCACAAUUCUCUUCAGUUUGUUGCCAAUGGCUCCCUGCUGAACCCUGUGACCAACAUCACCAUGGCCAUACGGACACGGGAUGAAAAUGGAAUCUUGUUGCGUUCUGAAGGCAGAGAUGAGGUUUUUUGUUUGGGUUUAUUAAACUCCAGCCUCCUGGUCAAGCUGGACAGUGGGCCAGGUGAAGAACUGCUGGCCUUUAUGAGUGACAGGACCAUUGCAGAUGGGGCAUGGCACCAGAUCCAGCUCAGUAUGGUCAACCCUCUCUUUUCAGUGUCUCGUUGGCACCUCGUAGUGGAUGGGCAGAAGGCUGGUGGCAGCUUUGGCGUUGGAGGAUAUCUCAACUUCAUGAAUAACAGCAAAGUUUGGCUGGCAGAAAACUACACUGGUUGUUUACGGGAAAUGAGAAUAGGUGGUGUCUACCUGCCUCUUCAAAAGGUACCAGAUGCCCCUCAGAAAAGCCAGUUCUCCUUGAUCAGUGGACUUCAGCCAAUCAUUGGAUGUCAAGGUGCACCAGUUUGUGAAUCCCAGCCCUGCCUUAACCAGGGACUCUGUCAGGACCAUUUUAACGAGUUUAACUGCAGCUGUAGCCCUGGAUGGGAAGGCAACCUGUGUGAGAAAGAAAUAAAUGAGUGCUCUUCAGCUCCCUGUGUCUAUGGGUCCUGUACAGACCUCAUGGCAGACUACCAGUGUACAUGUGAUCCUGGAUAUGAUGGGAUUAACUGCCAGAAUGAAGUGGAUAACUGUCUUGAGUUCAGCUGUGUUAACGGAGGAAUCUGUGAAGAAAUUGCUGGUGCUCAUACAUGUUCAUGUCCUCCUGGGUACAAGGGCACGCGCUGCCAAUGGCGUUUCCCUCCAGUAACUUGUGAUGCAAGCAAGGAUUGUCUCAAUGGUGGGGUUUGCAUAGGAGGCAACUGCACCUGCAAACCUGGAUAUACCAGCAUCAGGUGCGAGACGGAAAUAGAUGAAUGUGAGUCCAGUCCGUGUCAAAAUGGAGCCACUUGUCUAAACCGACUCAACCACUUCCAGUGUGUUUGUGUCCCAGGCUUCAGUGGCAAGCUGUGUGAGAGCAAUAAAGGAGAGCAUAAGGAAAGGGUUCCCUGGCUGGCAGUCACCAUCCCUCUGACUACCCUGUGUGUGCUGUUAGCCAUCCUGACUGUGUUUUUCCUGAUCAUGACAGCAAGAAAGAAGCGGCAGUCAGAGGGUACGUACAGCCCCAGCUCUCAGGAGGUGGCCGGUGCCAGGCUGGAAAUGGGUAGUGUGCUCAAAGUGCCACCAGAGGAGAGGCUGAUCUAAAGCCUUACAUUGCCACCUCGCUAUCUUACAUCCAAAGGAUGCAUAUCAACCCCAGAGAAAUAUUUAGCAGUAUCAUACUGCUUUAACCACAAAUAAGAGACAGUGGAAGAUGUCAUAAACUGCCUGGAGAAACUACUGGAUUCGUCAUUAAAUGGUUAACAAAGGAAAAACCUUUUUCUGCUGAUUCCAACAAUGACAAAGAAGAAUGAGGAAUGUAUGGCUGUUGAGGGGAAAUAAGCUUCUCCAUGUAUUUUAUAUAAUGUGAAAUUUGCACAACAGUCGGUUUACUGACAAGUCCUGGCAGCUUUUUUGACAAGCAAAAUCAUUUAAAACUUUUUAACUAUUUUCUUGUAACUAUUUUCUUGUACUCAUCCUUCUAUUCUUCUGCAUUUUUUUUCAGAUGAUAUAUUUUUCCUAAAGCUUUGAGAAUAAAAUCGUUCUGUGUGAAUGAUUUUACAGUUCAUGUGAGAAGUUUUCACAAAGUUCUCACUUGUGAGAACUUUGCCUCACAAUUGAAAGGUCUACAAAGUUUUACUGCUGCACAGAGGGAUGUCCCAAUCAUUUCAGAACAGGUAUCAGCCCAGUCCCCAUCUGGUUAAAAUAAAAUCUGCAAUUAUUAUGUGAUGCUCUAACACAGGUUAACAAUGUCAAACAAAGUGACAAUCUGCAAAUAUAAAGAUAUAUAUGUGUACAUCCGUAUAAUGUACGUAGAUGUACAUGCAUCUGUGUUUAAUAAACUCAAUUCAGUGGAGUGCUUUGUUGCAAUGGUUGGUCAUUGUUAUCACUCUAUAAAUUAGCUCACAGUGGAUUUUGUUGCAGUUUAAGGCAAAUACACUUCUCCUGCUUCAGAAACUGCAGACAGGUGUUUCUGUGUCCCGCACUGAAACUUUCUGAACUUGGCACACAAAGCAGAUCACGGGCAAAAAGCAAUGGGCAAAAAAAAUGGGCAAAAAAAAUGGGGGAAGAAAAAUGGGCAAAAAGCACAAAAAAAAUAUUUAGAUUCUAAGCAUAAUCUCCCCCAAAUUACGCAGAAACCGUAAUACAGCUUUAAGAGACUCAAGAAAAUCUGCAAUGAUAAUCAAAAUGUUACUAUGCAGAAUACAACUAAGGCGAAAUGACAGGCAAACAAAAAGGAACAGGCAAACUGAACAUGUCAAAAUCUGAUCAGAAUUCUGAGGCGAUACCUGGGAUUGGACUGGGACAUCCUGAGCUGUAUUAUUAUUCAGUAAACACUGUGGGGCUCAAUAGGCUAACCGUGCUACCUAUUAUUCUUAUUCUACUUAGUUUGAGUAUUUAUCCUCAUUUUUGUGUUUUGGGUUGAAUGUUCAUCUAAACUGCUCAAGUUGAAGUCACUGAAUCUUUUUCUAUAUUUUCAUAUGGAUAUUUGAAGUAUUUAUUUAAAAAUACGGUUGCUGUGGUCAGUGUGACAGAAAAUGCUCAAAAAGGGGAUAUUAAGUUUAAUCAAAUCAUAGUUGUGUACAUUUGUAUGUUCAACAAUUUGAUGUACAACCAUUAUUUAUGACAACUUCAAAAUAGGAAAAAAAACUGGCAUGGCCUUGUCCAGAGAAGAAAAAUAUAUCUACUGUUGAUCAGACAUAAAACACUGUCAUUAAUUGCAAAUAGGCUGCUUAUGUAGGAAAAAUAAUCUGCUUUAAUAAAGAGUAAUUGUUGUGGUGUGAUAAUGCCAUGACAAACUAAACCACCUCACUAAGUGUAAUGAGAGUGGAAAAAUUCUGUGUAACUUCAAGAUUUUCAAGCUACACUUUAAAGUGUGCAUCUGAAAAAACAAUCCAUUUGAAGAACCUGACAGCCUUCCGCUGCAUGAGAGGAAUGUGAUCAGGAAGCUGCUACAAAACACAGAGCUGAGAAAAGGCACCGGUGUGAGGGGUGCAACAGAUUAGUUCUAAUCUUCCUUACAGUGAACAGAAACCUGGGAAACCUGGGUUUGGAGAACCAGCUAAGAAUAUGAUCAAAAUCAAAACAUGCUGGACUGCCAUAUGGACUGAACAAAUAUUUUAUAUGAUAUUGUUGCACCUUAUCACUUUGAAAUCUGACAUGAUUUAUGCAUUUUUGCUUUCAUCCGAUCCGUAAAAAUGCAACAACAGAUAAAGUGAAGAAAAGUAACUUCAUAAAUAACUUGUGGCUUAUAAAAAUAUAGCAGGAAGUUAACCUGCUUCAGUCACUGUGAGGUUCGUUGAACUUUCAUUUUACAAGGGUUUAAAAUUGUAAACAAACUUUGCCUGGUUGAUUGGUUGAAAAAUGAAUAAACAGAUGAAAUGUGUUUCCUAACACUGCUGAAUUAGGAAAUACUUUUGAUGUUGAUGCCUGCCUUUGAUCUGGUCCUGCUCAUAGCACUGGUUUGUUCAAACCGAGGACAAACUGACCGCUGCCUCCUCCAGGUGUGAUACUGACGACUUAUUAACAAAAAAAACCUGACAAUGUUCUUUUUACUUUUUGACAGGCAUUGUAUUAGUACAAGAAGAAUCAUGUUAGCUACUUUGUAAUAUUAGGAAAUUAUUUCAACAUGCUCCUGUACGUCUCCAUAUCCAGAAAAAUCCCAUAACUUGCUUGCCUUUUUCUUCUGUUCUCUGGUGCUGAUAACUUCUCAAAAUCAUUCAAAGAACUGCUUUUGCGAUACUGAAAGGUGCUCAUUUGAAAUCAAGUCACUACCCUCAUCUUAUGGCAUGGAUAACUAGGUUCUGCAGAAGAAGUUACUUAUAUAUUGAUGGAAAAAACAAACAUCAGAAUUAUGUAUUACGAGAUGAAAUAAGAGCAACAAUGGGCUGGUGAACCCAGGUGUUAACAAAACAAUAUAAAACUAUUGGACUUUGUUUUAUCUUACAAACAUCUGGUUUUUGAAGUUGUUCAUGUAAAUUGUGUUUUACAUGAGUCAAAUGUGACGUAAAUGACUGCAUAUUGGAGUAGUUUUAGAGAGAAUGAAGCAAAAUGCCAAAAGUCUGGUUGAAAAAAGAAAAAGGUGUUGAAUCUACACAUAAAAGAAUAUGUUGCUGUUUUUUUUUACAUUUCCUGUUCAAGCCAUCUUCUCUUGCAAAAGGGAAGUUGGUUGGAAUUGAGGUGUUUAAUGUAUUUCUUACAUCUGGAUGAUUUCUUGCUACAAAGUAAAUAUGUAUUCAUGUAAUAUAUGUACAGUCAGGCCAAACUGUAUUUUGUUGCUUAGUUUUUUUUUUCUCUUUCUCUCAGUUUUUUCAAGAACAUUGCUGAGAAGAACAUUGCUGCACAUCUAUUACUCCCAUAAUCUAUGGUGGCAUAUUAGUUUUUCAUCAGGAGGUGUUGCAUUUUAACCUGAUUAGGUAAACAGCAAUCAAAAGCAAUAAAGGGAAUACAAAGAAACAAAGUUAUUUGUUAUUUAUUACUGACAUAUUAUACUGUAAAUCUGUGUUUGUUUAUUUUGCAAAAGCAAUUGUUAGGCUAAUUGUAUUAAGUGAAAUAAUGUCUGCAAAUCUCAUUCCUGUACUGAUGAAAUAAUAUAAAAUUUGAAAAUAGGAAAACUUAUAUGUUCAUGGUGCAACACUGAUAUGUGCCUUGAUGUUUUUCUGAACCCAUGAACCUGAUGUGUCCCAUGAUGCUGUAUGGAUGCUCUGUGUUCAGAUCAACUGGCAGACUGAAGCAGACUCAGAUCUUACAAUAUUGACAACAUGCUAUUUUACACUAUUAUUCAAAGAUGAAAGUAUGUAGUAUUUUCAGAAUGGUUGUGGAUCAUUUAAACUUAUAAUGUGCUCAGCUUUGGUAAAAAUGAAGUUCCUAUGAAACAGUUCCUACUAGUUUCACUUUUAUGCAAUAGAGGAAAAAGUAGUUCCCUGAAGCUGUGUAGCAAGAGCCUACACAGCUCUUGCUAUCAGUUUCACUGAUUUGAACUCAGCCUACAUGUGUCAACAUUUCUUUGGCUUUGAAUUUGUAUGUGUUGAUCUGAUAUCAUGCCCAUUGUCUUUGAAGAUAUCCUUUUGCAAGACAACUCUUCAUAUGCACUGACUGAACCUGUCUAUGUGAAGAUGCAUAUGUUUGACAUUGAUAGAUUUUAUAUGUUUUAUCUUUGUAUAAAUAGAAACAUGUGGUUGUCAAUCACA